AUGCGAUUCCCUAAUGAGCAAUCUCUCCCCGAAGCAGCAAGCGCGGCUGUCUGGCCGGUCUCCGGCGGGACCGAGGGGGGCGAGGCCACGGCGCCGCACUGCGGGUCCCCGGAACCCGCCCGCUCGACCUCGGGGCGCUGGUGGCCUGCGACCCCAGCCCAUUCUCCUCAGCUGCAUGGGCAAACCCACAAGGGCCAAGGGGACGCGGCCUCGGGGACGACUCUGCACACGUCUCACUUCGCUCCAGUCCUCUCCAGCCAGGGCCGUGUCAGUCAGGUCCGACCCCGGCCCGCAGGUCCUCCCAGGUCCAGGAUAACCUGGGCCGCCCAGGCCACAGUCCGGCCUGCCCUGCCGGUCCCUCCAUGGCCCUGCCCCUCUCUCGGUCCUCCCCAGCGCCGGCCCCCGCCGGGCCCCGGCCCUGUGCCGUCCCUCCUCGGCCGGGCCCAGCCCUGCCCGCCACUGGCCCAGUCCCUCCGGGAAGAUGGCGGCCCAGUGACAGGCUGGUGCAGACGCGGGUCCGAGCACGGGGCGCGGAGGGAGGCCGCCCCCCCCGGUGCCCGGCGACCGCGCAAAACACGCGGGGACGGCCGAGGAGGGAGACGGCAAGAAGAGGCGGCACGGCCGGGCCGGGCCGGAGACAGCAAAGAAGAGGGGGCGCGGGCUCGGCAGCGGCGGCAGCUGAUCCUUCCCCUUUCGGGCCCGAAAAUGUCUCAACCUCGAGACUCCAGAUCCCCAACGCUCCUUCCCGUUCGCAUGAGAACACACAGAUCCCACUUCCGGGGCCCUGCGGAAGUCCCACCCCCGCGCGGCCCCGCGCCCUACCCCGGCGCCCUUACCCACCCGGCCCGCCGACUGGAGUUUGGCGCCCGGGAGAGCGGCGCGUCAUGGCGGCGCUGCGUGGUGAUUGGCUAA